GGAUGCUGUUUGCUUCAAAGAUGGCAGCAGCAGUGCGGGCUGCAGGUGUACUGCGCCUCUUGGCGCGGAGACUCUGCCCGCUCAGACACCCCGGCACUGGGCCAUGGGGACGGACCGCAGCCUUGGUUUGGCCUACGGAGUGGGACUGCGGCCAGACUGGAGCAAUGCACCGGUUGAAGCACACAGCGAGCCUGCGUGAUCCCGAGGAAGAGGAGCAAGAGCUGAAGCGGCCACCAGGAGCAGGGGCGGGUAGGCAGCAAGAUUUACAGACUCUACUACGGGAGUUUCCACAGCCUAAAGGCCUUCUGGCUCAGGUUAUGCAGCGAGCUCUAAAAAUUUCUGAUGUGAAGGAUCACAUUGUCUACAAAUCAUUCAAAGGACCUACUAAAAAAACUCUCCUAUAUAUAUCUUGGCCAAGAAAACUGGUGGUAGAGGGUUUCGGCGCGAAGAAGAUUGAUGCAGAGAAACAUGCUGCAGCAGUUGCUUGUGGAAUAUUCAAGCAAUGGGGCCUUCUUGGGCCGAAGAACCAGCUGUUCCAAGCUCAAGAGUACCAGCAAUUGGCUGCUAAAUUUGCUGAUGGACGGCCGCAGAUGGGUCUGAUGGGGGAAAGUGAAGAGGUGGAUGAGAUGGUGGAAGAAGGGAUAAUGGACUGUACAGAUUUCCUCUCUCUCACAGAUAAAACAUCUUUGGAUAAGACUUUUCCAAGAGCAGUGCAGGGUACCAUGACUGAUGACUCCAGUGCAAUGAGAGCUCUCACCCAGUUCCCUGAGCCAAAGAACCUCUUGUCAAAGGUUAUACAGAUAGCAACCACCUCCUCUACUGUCACAGAUUAUCUGAAAUAUUCCACAGAAGGUAGUUCAGUGAAGGUCUGUCGACUCGAGGUGCAGUGGCCAACCCCGAUGACCUUCGUUGCAAGUGGUCGGCGGAAAACUGAAGCAGAAAGGAGAGCAGCGGCUCUAGCCUGUAAGAAGCUAAAGGAUUUGGGCUUGCUUAACCAGAGAAACCAUCCACUGACCCAUGCCAUGUACAACCUGACGGCAGUUAAAGAAUUGAGUGAAAAGGAGCGGAGACCAACCAGGCUAGAAAUCCCCAAGAGUCUCCAGCAACGAAUCCAACAAUAUCUGGAGCAAUACACAGUGGAGACAACACCUGAACUCCAUGACCUUAAGCCCAAACUUAUUGACCCUGACCCAGAAAUUGUGGAUCCAACAUCUAACUUUGGUUUGAUUAGCGAUGCCAUCACAGGAAAUGCCUACGUUCCAAUGUCACAUGGAGAGAUGGAGCGCAUCAAUCAGAAAUUGCUUUGGCUAUGGCAGAGAUCCAGGCCAGGGAAAGUUAAGCCACUUCCUGUUGACUCUCUCAAGGAAGCAAUCAUCUCUGCCAUUGAGGAAAAUCGCAUUGUGAUCAUAGCUGGAGCAACUGGAUGUGGAAAGACCACCAGGAUCCCACAGUUCAUAUUGGAGAAAUUCAUAACUGAUAACCGAGGAGCCCGCUGUAACAUUCUGAUAACCCAGCCCCGGCGGAUCAGUGCUGUGUCAGUAGGGCAUAGGGUGGGCUCUGAGAUGGGACCAGGCCUCAAGAAAAAUGUGGGCUACCAGGUACGGCUAGGGAGCAUGUUGCCUCCGAGAGGAGGGGCAUUGCUAUUCUGCACAGUUGGUAUCCUCCUGAAGAAAAUGCAAGGGAAUCCCUCACUAGAAGGUAUUAGUCAUGUCAUUGUGGAUGAAGUUCAUGAACGUGAUGUCAACACCGACUUCCUGCUCAUCUUGCUGAAGAAUGUGAUGGACGCUAACCCCGAGCUGAAGAUCAUCCUGAUGAGUGCCACCAGUGACACUGAGCGGAUAUCAGAUUACUAUGGGAAUUGCCCUGUAGUGACUGUGCCAGGGUUCAUGUACCCGGUCAAGGAUUAUUAUCUAGAUGAUAUCCUACCAAUGCUGGGUCAAAAGAAGACAAUUCAGCUGAAUCAAGAUGAGGAAGACCCUGUCCCUGACCUUGACUUGGUCACUGACACAAUUCUGCAUAUUGACAAGCAUGGUGAACCUGGGGGAAUUUUGUGUUUCUUGCCAGGCUGGCAGGAGAUCAGACGGGUUCAACAGAGACUCGAAGAAUAUCUUUCCACCGGAAAAGAAAACUACAUCAUUUUACCUGUUCACUCCAACCUCCCUGUGAUGGAUCAGCAGGAGAUUUUCCAACAGCCACCUCCUAAGGUGAGGAAAAUAGUGCUGGCAACAAACAUCGCAGAGACCUCAAUAACUAUUGAUGAUAUUGUACAUGUCGUUGACACAGGGUGUCACAAAGAACAACGCUAUGAUUUGAGGACAAAGGUUUCAUGUCUCAACACCGUUUGGAUUUCCAAGUCCAAUGUGAAGCAGCGGCGUGGGCGGGCAGGCCGCUGUCAGCCAGGUAAUGCCUACCACCUGUUCAGCAGGGAGAGGUUGGAGAAAAUGGAUGACUUCCAGAUCCCAGAAAUCCUACGCACCCCGCUGGAGAACAUCGUGGUCCAGUCUAAGAUCCACAUUCCUGACAUUACAGCUUCUGAUUUUCUUUCGAAAGCAAUGAAUAGUCCAGACCCUAAGGCAGUGAAUGAAGCUGUGCGACUAUUACAGGAGAUAAGAGUGCUUGAUGAAGACGAAUCUCUUACCUUACUUGGUCAGCGACUGGCCCACAUCUCCACAGACCCACGCUUGGCCAAAGCAAUCAUCAUGGCCUCCAUAUUCCGUUGUCUAUCCCCUGUACUGAUAGUUGUUGCCUGCCUGACUCGAGAUCCAUUUGUUAACAGCCUGCUGAACAGGGCUGAGGUUAUGAAGGCUAAAGCGCGUCUAAGUGGGGAGAGCCGAAGUGAUCACAUAGCAUUUAUUAAAGCAGUUGAAGGCUGGAAGAAAGUACUGCAGGAGUGGGAUGCAGACUCCAAAAAAGAGUAUCUAGAAGAGAAUACACUGUAUGCUCCCAGUCUCCACUUCAUUCACGGAUUGAUUCUACAAUUCUCUGAAAAUGUUUACAAUGCUUUCCUGGUGUCUGAUUCUUCAGACUGCACGCGUUCUUUCUCCUUGUGUAACCAGUACAGAGGGGAGGAAGAGCUAAUUAAGGGGGUACUGUUGGCUGGCCUGUACCCCAACCUUAUCCAGCUGAGGCAUGGGAAAGUCACCAAAGAAGGAAAGUUCAAACCCAAUAGUGUGGUCUGCCGUACUAAGACUGGCCAGGUAUUACUGCACAGGUCUACUGUCAACAGGAAUGAGGAAUCUUUUAAGAGCCGCUGGCUGACCUACUUCACAGCUGUGAAGUCCAAUCAGAAUGUCUUUGUCCGUGACUCCUCCAUGAUCCAUCCGCUGGCUCUGCUCUUGCUUGCAGAUUGUGAUAUCCAAGUCAAGGAGGAUGGUAACUCUGUGCUGCUCACCCUUGCUGACUCAAGUCUCCUCCAGCUCGAACUAGACUCAAAGACCGCACACCUGCUUUUCAGCUUCCGCACAGCAGUGCACAAGAUGGUAGAAACUUGCUUGCGCCAUGAGCUGCCAGAACUUUCCUCCAACUUGCGUACAGAGCACGAUGAAGUGUUGUUAUUACUUGUGGAACUCUUGAACUGCUGGCCGACAGAGUGAAUGGUUCACUGGGAACAUGGGAGGUGGGCAGGCAGGUGAGUUUGUAUCAUAUUCUGUAUCAGAAUUGCUGGCACGUUGGGAAAAAAAAUUAUAGCUGCUGUAUUUAAUUCUUUGGGAGCUUAGAAAUGUGCUCACCUCUUCAACAAUACUUGAAAAUAAUGGACUGAACAGUCUAUGAUCUCAUAACUUAUAGCUGUUGUGUAUAAUGAAUUAUGCGUAAAACUGUAAUCAGAAAAUUUUGUUGACCAAGGACCCCUAAAAAUAUGGAGAAUGUUUUUGUACUGGCAGUAUCGUCUUGAUUGUCAUGAUUUAAAAUUUAAUAUAUUCUUUUGUCAA